UACCAAUAUUAAGAACAUUGAAUUGAAAAUAGAAGGAUAAGGUGAACCUCUCUUUGCUACUACUGAUGAAAUUAAGCAAAAUGUUGUUAUUGUAGUUAAUGCACCCUACAACAAUUGGCAAAGACAAUCAUAGAGUUUUUUUUAAAAUCUUUUUAAUCUUAUAAAUAAUGUUACAUAACUAUUGUUAAAACAUCCCACGUCCUUCUAACAUAUUUUUACAAACUCUUAUUUAAGAUCAUGAGCUAUUAUCACAUCUUUUUGUUCUUUUAUGGUGAACCUUUAUUCUUAAACAUGAGUAUUUCAGAUUUAAAUAAUGAACCAUCUAAUCCUUGUAAGUUUGAAUAAUAAAGCAUUGUGAGAUCGAUUUGUUCUAAUUAGUCGUGAAUACGUGAUCAUGAAUAAGUUAAACCAUCACACACCAAGAAAAUAUAAAUUAUAAACUCAUAUAUAACUCUUUUGAAGUUUGUUAAACUAAGUUUAAUCAGAGUGUCAUCAAACAACACAAAAACUUAAGGAUUUUUCUUAACAAAUUCAUGUAGAGAGCUCAAACAACUUCUUAUAUUGGGGUUGACCUUUUAAUAUGAUACUUAGGGUCUUAAAAUAUACUCCGUAUAUGAAUAGAGAAAGACAAAAAAAAUUAAAUAGAGGAUCGUAAUUAGUUGUAACUUGCAAUCUCAUCCAAUUUUCAAUGGUUAUGGAAGAUGGCACUUUAAGUUCAGGCAUGUUUCCACACUUGCAUAUUAUGGUUUUAGUUGUGAGAGUAUGACACUAUAGUUCAGCCUUCUUUCCAAUCUUGCAUAUCUCAGACAUGCUUUAACUGUCAUAGGAUUAUGGUUUAAGAUGAUGGUUUGACUUAUGCAGUAUCAGUCAUGAAAUUUGGACACAUAUUUCAGUUCACAAUGGUUUAACAAUUGCACAACAGGAUACAUGCUUUCCUUAGCACUCAGGCAUGCUCAUAUAUCAGGCCAAUUAUGGUUCAGAAACUUAUAAAUGCACCAUAAGAACAUGAUCCACUUACGGGAGUUGGAGGGGGAUGAGUGAGAGAGUGUGGGACUCCGGCGGUGACGCCGCCAAAAUCUCCGGCAGUCCGAGACACCAAUCGUCUCACUACAGAGUUCACCACCGGGCAAACUAUGGAAACCGGGUCAUUUCUGGCCAGCAUAUUCGGCCAACACCUAAACCAUUCCGGCUCUCUUCCAAUCACGACUCCAGGAGCAUCCGCCCAUAUGGCAGGUAUGUGCAAUUGAGGGAAACGGACAUAGACAUUAUAGUGAACAAGAUCUUAGCUUCUCUGGCAGGAAGAGGAACUCUAGAAGGUGUUACCUUGGCCGACCUUCCA